UGUUUUGGUCGGUGUCUCCGGUCAUCUUACUUCUUGUUGGGCAUACCCUGUAUUUCCUAGCUUGGUACAUUUACAUUUGAUAUUACCUACAUAUAUUAUACGUAUCGGUAAGUACAACGGAUGAUCACGUGUCUAUCAGUAGCAUGGAUCUAUAAAAAAAAAAUUUAUAUAGGCAUAACUGCAGGCUCGAGUGGGCGGGACAACACAAAACAACAACAUUACCAUACCCGCCGUUGGCAACCAAGGGGUCACAUAUAUGCAAUCGAAAUGGGGCACCAGUACCUUUCUUUGGCAAUAUUUUUCAGUAGCCUGUGUUUCUGUCGGACCUAUACCAUCAGAAACUCUGUUUCAUGGGCGGUAUCUCCCAAAGACGUUGUAGUGGAAGAAGAACUAGAUGCCUUAUCCGAAGAGGUUUCCCCUUCAUUACUGAGAGACAAUGUUGUGUUAUGGAAGCAGGCCUAUCCACCUCAGGGGCUAGUGGAGGGCGCUGAAAGCACCGGAGAACGGAUCAAAUCCGAGAACGAAAACGUGGACACGGUUUCGUCGCAUGUAUUUUCUUAUCGGGUGGGAGAAGUCAAAGAGCCGGGUAAUGUCGACCCUCCGCCGCAUGAAGAGACCGCUAGAACGGCCAGAUACAUCGCUCAUUACAGUGACUGGGGACAUCUUUCUACCAUCUCAACUCAAGAAAAGAUUAAGGGUUACCCCUUUGGCAACAUCUUCUCUGUGAGCGAUGGACCAUUUGAGAACAGUACUGGAGUGAUCUAUUUCUAUGUCACUGCAAUGGAUAACUCUGUGGCAGACCUGAGAAGCAAUCCCAAUGCAUCGUUUACCAUCUCAGAGUCUGAAGGAGAAUAUUGCAGGAAAAUGAUAUAUGAUCCUGAAGAUCCAAGAUGUGCUCGACUGACGUUAACGGGGAAGAUGGUGGAUGUGGGCCCAGAGGAACUGGAGUUUGCGAAGGAAGCAGUGUUUUCAAGACAUCCUAUAAUGGGAAAAUGGCCAGUGGGACACAAGUGGUUCUUCAUGAAGCUCGAGUUGGUCCAGGUCUGGCUACAGAAUUGGUUCGGAGGAGUCUCAAGCAUACCAGUCGAAGAUUACUUCAGAGCUACCCCUUUCUCUAAGAAAAACUGACUCAAGAAACACAUGAAUGCAGGUGGAGGCACAAAUACAAAGGCUAAAUCACUGGAUAGACAUUGACUGGAAUUUCUUUCUUUUCAAAUAUGAUGAUUGAUUACACAGAUUUAUAUCAUUAAAAUGUUUAUAUCUCCAUGCCACUUUCAUCAAAUUAAAUCAAACCACUUGGGAGCUAUAAGGCAUGUUUUCAGCCUUGACCUUUCAUCAUAAUCCUAAAUGUGACAUUGCAGCAUUAAAGAAAUCAUGACAAUAACAGAAAUAAUCCUAUAUCUGGAAUAAGAAUAUGAUUUUCAUAUAUUUUGAAUGCAUAUAGGCAUGUUUCAAAGGUGUUAUUUAUUUCAAGCCUACAUAUUUUGCUCCAUUAACUGAAUGUUCUAGCACACACAAUACAUAUGUGAUUGUUUUGAGAUUCAUUUCAAUGACUUUACUUUUUGGUUUGAUACUUCCUGUGUACAAUGCAGCACCUUUUUUAAAUAGAGACAGCGUCCAUGUCUGGAAAUUGUUUAUGUUUGUGUCCGACAGGGUUUCUGUUUGCCUUAUGUCUGUGAAUAGUGGGAACCGCCUUUUAUUCCUUAGAUCUAAUGUUCAAAAUGCAUACUCAAACAAGUAUUAUGUUAUGUGACUGUUAUGCAGCUGUAACCUCUAUUUUAAUUAAAAUGAGCCAAAGUUCAUGCGGUUGUGUAGAUAUCAUUGAAUG